CCAUGGAGGCGCCAUUGUUGCCGGAUAUGUGGCGCCGAUGUGCUUGAUAAAGCCAAAUAUACAGUAAUUAUUUUCUCAAUUCUUUUCCCUCUGCAAACUUUGGUGUUGUGCAAGCAUUAAUAAUGGUGUGGGAAGUUAUUUUAUGGAUCAUCUUCUUUCUCAUCAACAUGGCUCUUAUCGCCUCUACUCUCUAUCAGAUUGUGUGUCUAUCGGAUUUGGAGUCCGACUACAUGAACCCAUAUGAAUCAUCAUCUCGCAUUAAUGCUGUGGUAAUCCCGGAAAUGGUACUCCAUGGCAUGUGUUCUUUUCUACUUCUUGUGAUGGGCUAUUGGUUCAUGUUCUUACUAACACUUCCGAUCGCCAUCUAUAAUUCCAUGUUAUACAUAAAUAGACGACAUCUUAUAGAUGUAACUGAGGUUUUUAGAUACGUCGAUGCUGAGAAAAGGUAUCGGAUUGCCAAGCUGGCAGUGUACUUAUUUCUCUUUGUCUUAGUUGUAAUCAGAUCUGUGGUGGCUGGAAAAUUCUCCGACAUUUUAGAACCAUUUCAUCCGACAAACGAAGAUCUUGACAUCCUUUCUCAUGUUCUUGAGUUCUAGAUAUUGUUACUUUAUGUUCUCUCAAGUGCAUGCAUGAUAAACCUGAUUGAUAUAAAAAGAUUUGUAAUUUUGUAGCUUUGAACAAUAUCCACCUCACAUAUAGAAUAUGUUGUUAGAA